AUGACUACUGUACUUCAUCAGCCUAGUCUUACAGAAGGCUUAACUCUACUGGGAUGGAAAUUAAAACGUGAUGCUGAAAUUCAAGAACGUAAAAAUGAAGCUAAUUUUGAAUGUGAAGUUGAACCAACAUCUACAUCCUAUGCUGCAUUUGAAUAUAUGUCAACAGCCGAUGAUGAUUAUGAUCCAUAUGCUGGUCUUAAUGUUGAUCUUUGUCUUGAAGUUGAUGCUAUUGAUUUAAAUAAUACAAAUCAACAAAUAAAUGAUGAUUAUGAUCCAUAUGAAGUUUUUAUGAGAAUGAAUACACGUCGAACGGUAAAUGGACGUGAACGUGCUCCACUUGCUGUAUUACCAUCACAUUCAACAACAGCAACAUCUCCAUUAGUUAAUAAUUAUCGACAUUAUAAUUUUGCUGAUGAUGAUACUCCUGUUAAAUAUCCAUUAGCUAUCGGACAUAUUGAUCGACGUAUAAAACCACAAAAUGUAAAUUAUUUUAUUUAACAAAACAACAAAACAACAAAAUCUUCUUUUUUCUUCUUAGAUUCGAGGUGGUU